AUGGAUCAGCAAACAUGGGCAUCCGUUCCCUGGUCAAUAGAAUCUCACGGCUCCACAGCUGUAUUCCACAAACAUGAGGUGCCAUAUACCGCCAACGCAAAUGCUCUCCAAAACAUGGACAUCUGGAUUCCAGUUCCUUCCACUACAGCCCAAGAACGCCCCAGCCCAGAGUCAAUGCCCGAAACGAGUGGUGUCUGGGUAAUUUACGUUCACGGAGGUGCCUGGCGAGAUCCAUUAGUUACAUCGUCCUCCUUCUCGUCCACAGUAUCACAUCUAGCAACCUCUCACCCACUCACCAAAAUCGCCGGCUUCGCCUCAAUAAACUACUCUCUAAGCCCGCGAACCCACAACCCCAAAGAUCCAGACUACACAGACGACCCAAGCCGUCAAGCCAAACACCCUGAUCACAUCACGGACGUGCUAACCGCCCUCGCAUACCUCCAAGCCAAAGCAAAAUUCAGCGACAAUUACAUUCUCCUGGGACAUUCCUGCGGCGCGACGCUCGCGUUACAAGUUAUUAUGUCGCGCUCCGAAUGGAACGCUUCUUCCAAAGUAGCGAAGCCUAUCGCUGUCGUGGGACUUAAUGGGCUGUAUGACAUGCCUACCUUAAUUCGGGAGCCCGGGGAGAAACAUGCGCAUUUGCAGGGCGUGUAUGAGACGUUUACACGGCUGGCGUUUGGGGAUGAUGAGAGGGUUUGGGAGGAGAUUAGCCCGAUUUCGGUCGGUGAUUGGGAGGGUGAGUGGAAGGGCAAGUUGGUUGUGUUGGUGCAGAGUAAAGAGGAUAGUUUGGUGCCUUAUAGGCAAUUGGUUGACAUGAAGGAUAAGCUGGAGAAAUCGAGGGGUAAGGGGUUGGUGGUGAGUGAGAUGGAGGCGGGUGGAGAUCAUAAUGAUUUGUGGAAGGAGGGUGAGAGGUUGGCGGAGAUUGUUACGGAGGUUGUUGUGAAAUUGGGAUGUUAG